AUCAACAUUGGACUAGAUCAAAAUCAAUGGAAUCUUCAUUUCGAUCUUCUUCCACCUCUUAAUAUAUAUAGAACAACGCCAUCGUGUGUUGCAUUCACUCAUGAUAUGCAUCGCUUCAAGAUCGGUGAUGCCGCCAAGAACCUGCAGGUCGCCAUGAAUCCCAACUCCGUGUCUGGUUCUGAUGACAAGUCUAUGAACAGUGUCACUUAUAAGAAUAUUGAAAUCAAGGUGUCUUCUACAAUGGAGGUUUCUAUUCGGGAGAAAACCUCGGGCGUGAGCAACACUGGGAUCACUACCACCAACAACAAGGAUGAUAAAUACAAAGUGAAAGCCAAGGCUAAGGGAAUUUUGGAGGGCUAUGUCUAUCAGAUGAAAAAUGCUUUGGAGGAUGAAAAGAUUCGUCCCAAGCUUGAGCCUUCAUUUAAGAAGAAGAUUGAAGAAGCCAUUGGCCAUUUGAAUGGGUGGUUAAAGUAUGUUCAGAAUCCGCAGGCAGACGACAACGAGAUCACGAAAAAUCUGAAAUUGAAUAAACAAUACUAUGAAGACAUCAUUGCAAAGAUCAAACAACUUAAAUAAUUGAGCAGCUCCUCUUGAUCAAGUUAGAGAUGACUACUAUAUAUGUAGUCGAUCUGCCGAAUGGAACUCGUACUAAAGUUGAAACGAUAUUAAUAUGUUACCACUUUGUUUGUGGACCUUUUAAUUGUACUAGUUUUAAUAUUGUUGGUGUGUUUGAAUUUGCACGUAGUAAUACUAUUCCAUCGUUACAUGUUGCAACAUUUGACAUUUCUUGGGUGAAAUUUCUAGUUUUUGUUAUAUAUAUAUAUAUGUUGGUGUAUGUUGA